GUGUUGUUAUACCUCCAUUACAAUAUAACGUUUGUGUAUUUCCAAAGUGUCAUCCAGUACUUGAUCAAUACAUCGCACAGCUUUUUACAUUCAACUCAACCACAUCGUACAAACUAAAUCACUACUCGCUGACACAUUCACUUAAUAAACCCCAAUAUCUUACACAUACACAUUAGUCAUCACCCAGCAUUUUAACCCAAUCAAACAAUCAUACACAAUCAGAUACAUAAAAAAUGGGUAAUUCAUCAUCUAAACUGCCUGGACUUAAACCUGUACCAUUAACACGAACAGACACCUCUAAUUCAGCCAAGUCUUCUCGUUCGGUUAGACUGCGGUUGUCUCUAUCCAGUAUCAACAGCGGUAAUAAUAACAGUAAUAAUAAUAAUAAUAAUCACAACCACAAUCAUAACAAUAGCGGGUCCGCUAUUAUAGAUGAUGACGAUACUGGUCAAGCAGAUCUCAAUCCAAGAUCACCUAAGAUCUUGUCAAGAAAAGGUUCUGAAAUUGGUGGAUCACGUCCCAGUUUGAGUGAUGGGAAUGGACUUAUACCGCCGAAUGAUGUUAGUAUAUCCCACAACAACAGCUCAUCCAACCUUUCCACCUCGUUCAAUGCAAAUUUACCGCCAUCCAUGAUGCAAAUCCCGCCCAAGGAACCAAUAUUGAUUCGAAGAAAUACAAAUGAUAACAUGAAUUCAGUAAGUUUGGAUUCAACUGUUCCUAACUCACCAGUAGCGCCGUCCGUUAUCAACAAUAUCGGCGCCAAUAACCCCGUGUCCAGAACUUCAACCAAUCAUUCCAUAGCGUCGUCAAAUAAUAACGGUAUAUCACCACUACCUUCAAAUGGAACACCCAAGGUAUCAUCUUCGGUUCCAACCACACCACUUCCUAACAAUAGCAAUAGUUACUUCAAUCUGAAUAGUAAUGGCAACGACGAUAAUAGAAGUAUUCAUAGCCGGACUUCUCUGGCUGGUGAUUUAACCGAACUUUCCAAAACAUCAUCAAUCAACAGAAAUGUCCUUCAACAAAGCACAACUACGUCUUCAGUAGCAGGGAGCAUAGGAUAUACUAUCGACAUUGAAGACCUUAUCCAACGUUUAUUGGAUGCAGGAUACAGUGGUAAACGAACCAAGAAUGUGUGUUUGAAAAAUAACGAAAUUCAAUUGAUUUGUGCUACGGCUAGAGAAAUAUUCUUGUCCCAACCUUCAUUAUUAGAAUUAUCUCCUCCGGUGAAAGUUGUUGGAGACGUACAUGGUCAAUAUGGUGAUUUAAUUCGUAUUUUUACAAAAUGUGGAUUCCCGCCUCUGACAAACUACUUAUUCCUUGGUGAUUAUGUUGAUAGAGGAAAACAAUCCUUGGAAACAAUAUUAUUAUUACUUUGUUAUAAGAUCAAGUAUCCUGAAAAUUUCUUUUUACUUCGAGGCAAUCAUGAAUGUGCCAAUGUUACCCGAGUCUAUGGAUUCUAUGAUGAAUGUAAGAGAAGAUGUAAUAUCAAGACCUGGAAAUUGUUUAUUGAUACGUUCAAUACUUUACCAAUUGCAGCUAUAGUGGCAGGCAAGAUCUUUUGUGUCCAUGGAGGAUUAUCACCGGUGCUCAAUUCCAUGGAUGAAAUCCGUAAUAUUGCCCGUCCUACCGAUGUCCCUGAUUUUGGGCUCUUGAAUGAUCUUCUAUGGUCAGAUCCUGCAGAUACUGUGAAUGAAUGGGAAGAUAAUGAACGAGGAGUGUCGUACGUGUUUUCCAAGGUUGCUAUAAACAAAUUCCUAACCAAAUUUGGAUUUGAUUUGGUUUGUCGAGCGCAUAUGGUUGUUGAGGAUGGAUACGAGUUUUUUAAUGAUAGAACGUUGGUUACUGUGUUCAGUGCCCCCAACUACUGUGGAGAAUUUGACAAUUGGGGUGCGGUAAUGAGUGUUAGUGAAGAAUUGUUAUGUUCAUUCGAAUUAUUGGACCCAUUGGAUAGUGUUGCAUUGAAACAGGUUAUGAAGAAGGGGAAACAGGAGCGUAAAUCUGCCCAGAGUUUACAAAAGAGUCAGAGGUGAAGAGAGUAAAUAGCAAGACACAUUAAGUUUUAUUUGAUGAUUUUUCUAAUUAUUAACUAGGGUUAGAAUAUGUCCUAACAAAUGUAUAAUGAAUUUUACAUUGUAUAAGUGUAGUUCGAUGCAACCAAUAGCAUUGCAUACAAAAGCGUAAUCUUUGUCGACGACUGUAAUUACAUCGUCUAUUUCAUGUCUCUUGAAACAAAUUACUGCGACUGGAAGCAGCAAUAUUUAGUUUCAUGCAUGCAUGUCGAUGCAGGGUUUCAGUUCCCACCGUCCCUGAAAUCCUUGGCAGAUCUGCAGUCUUUAAUGCAAGAUUUCGUGGCAGCCCUCUCCCCCUUUAGAUAGCGCGGUAAGUGGCAGGUUUGUGGGUGCUUGGCUGCAACGUCUUGGCAGCCGCGGCGUUUUCGUGUUGAUAAAGGCAAAUAAUAUAUGAGCAUCUUCAAAGCCUUCUGGCAACUGAACAAAUCGUCAAAUCUCGUGGAGUGGCAGAAACUGCUUGUAUGUACGUUAAUCCACAAGACAAGCUGAGAUCUUUCAAAUUGAUUCAGGUUGCAGAUG